AAAAAGGAAGGCCGAAGGAAUUCGGUUUGAAAAAUAUGCAAAAGGCGUUUGACUGUUUUGAAAAUUUCAUUUUUAAGUUUGUUAUGGUUUUAAAAUUUAAAUUUUUAUUAAAUUCUCAAAUAAAUUUGUUGAAAAUUAAAUAAAUAACGAGUUCUUCUUUUGUUUGUGUGAAAUAUGUGUUUCAUUUUGCCAUGAAAACUCAUUAUUUGAGAUGGAGAAAGACGAAGAAAGAGGUGAAUAUUACGAUGCAUUACAAAAAAGUUCAGCUGUAAAUAAUCUAAUUCUAGAAUAUUAUAAAAAGUUUGGAAAGAAACGGGAUUUGGAACAGUUCUUUUCGUUAUCUACAGCACAAAACGAGAUAAGGGAUCCGAGUAGUUCAUUUUGGAGGAAAAUGAAGGCAUUGAGUGAUUCUUCUGACUCUGGAGAAAAAAAGAGUGAAUCUUCAACAGAACUUUGUCGGAUUUCUAUAAAAUGUUCAAUCCCAGAGCCCUCUGGUUCACAAAUACCGAGAGAAACUGUGCAGAUGGCAGAAUCUGAUUCACCACCAAUCAUAAAUGAAGUACCUGAAGAAAGAAUCUCUGAUAAUGAUUCUGAAAACUCAGACGAUGUUCAUUCACUUAAAUCUAAAGAUGGGACUCUAGAUACAUCUAUGAAUAAACCACAUUCACCAACAAGUAGUGUCACAUCACAACGUAAACUAGAGUGGGAUUCAUUGGCUGAUGUGGGAUAUGGGAAUGAGAGUGAUAAGAAAACAUCAGCGUCAAGUUUGAGCACAUUAGAGCGACUGGCGCUACAGCAACAGUAUUGUUUUAAUGACACACAACAUAGUAGUCAUGUAGGGGUUCCCACAGCACAUUCUACGCCUCUUGAACCAAGUGAAAGCAAAUCAAAGGGCAGAAAAGAUCUUAUAAAGAAAACUACGAAAAUACUCAACAAAGAUGUUGAUCAUGUCCAAUUAACUUUGCCUCAGAUCCCAGAAACUAGUCAAGCCUUCAAUUUAAAUCUCACAAAACACAUCACCUUCAAUGUGGAUAAAAAGGGUGAAGUUAAUAUUGAAAAUGUGACUAAGAACAUAUCUAGUUCUCCUGAAAAGGUAUCUGUUGAAACAGAAAUGACACAAGAAGUAAAAUUUGACAAAGAAAUACAGACAACCUUGACAAAAGAGGAUAAAUGUAGUGGCUCAAAUGAUAUUCCUACAAACACAAUGCAAAAGUUCCCAGUGCAUGUUAAUAUAAAUACUUUGAAAAAGAGGAAUAGAAGGAAGAAGUUGAGAAAAGUGAGAAGAAAACCUAAAGAGAAAAGGCAGGUUGUUGCUCAUAUAGAAUCAAAUCAAGUCCAAAAAAGUGGGGAACAAAUAUCAGCUGCAGAGAGUUUUGAAUACAUGCCUGGACAUAUUUAUCACCAGAAUCAAAUUAAUAAUGACCACAACCAAAACAAUGUUUCACAAGUUAGAAGUGACAACAAAUCCAGCUUAGAAUCUAGUGCUGGACACACCACUGACUCAAGCAAAGAUAAAAAUUCAUUUGUUAGAGAUUUAGAAAAAAGCAUUGACUUGCUUAAAAUUACUCUCAACAAAAAACAUACUGAUGAAGAACUCAAGAAAAAGCUCAUUAAAGAAAUUGUUCAAAGGCUUUUAAAAAGUAAAUACAAAGAUGACGAAAGUACGACAGAUUUUCUUUCUGGAUUGAGUUUUGAUAGUAAAAAGCUAGACUUAGCAGGAAGCAAUCACACCACAACAAGUACAUCAGAUCAAAAUGACACUGGUGACAAGAAACUUCUGAAACCAAAGAAAUCCAUAAUACGUACAGAUAAAUUCAAUUCCAAUGUUUUACCUUCUACAUCACAAAGUACUCCUAAUCUACCUUCAGUAAUAAAUAAUGACAUUCCUAUAAAUCCUGCCUCUGCAAAAGUACAUGCAACAUAUAAUACCGAUUCAGAUAUAUCUGAAAAAUAUACAAAAACAUCAUCUGAAGAGCUUUAUCAAAAAUAUCUGAAGGCUUUACGCAGAGAACAGGCAUAUAAACAACAUUUGAAAGAAAAAGAAUUGCUUUUUAAACAAAAACUAGUUGGCUCUGAUAUGCGACUCAAUACUUAUAACCAAUCUGAUCAAAAUGCUCAAAAUAGAAUAAAAGAUUUAAUGAAAGACUUGAUUAGAAAUAACUAUGAUGAUGGGUCUGGUGAUGCUAGUAGACUGGAAGGUGGAAGUAAUACUCAUUUACAUAUGAAUGACAUAAAUCCAAUAAGGAAGCAUAGAAGUCAUUCAGUUUUUACAUUAUCAUCUGGUGCAUCUGAUAGUCAAAAGAAAAAUAUGAAAUUAAAAAACAGAGACCCAGUAGAAGCUGCCACUGCUUCAUGCAGUAAAAAUGAAAAACAUUAUUGUUGUUGUCCAUAUCAUACAUCCCAUGGUAAAUUAGACGUAACAGAUAGCUCAGUGCAAGUGAAUAUACAAUGUUGUGAUAAGAUCCAAAUGAAAGAUAAUGAUCAAUAUAAAGAAAGUCCAAAAUGUAGUCAUCCACAUAUUUGCAAACCUGAUUUGCCAAGUAAAAAUAAUCAACAUACUUGUUUUUGUCUAGAAAGACAUGCUCAAAAUAAGCCUGAUAAUGCUUACAGAUGUAGGUGUACACAUUUCAUAAACAGUGGUCUCAAAAUUAAGAAUAAAGAUCCACAAUCAUAUAAUCAAUCUUGCUUUAAUAUAGAUUGUAGUAGAGAUCACGACCCUGCUAGUUUAAUACCAAAUUAUAAUGUGAAUAAAGCUAGUAAUGAAAAUCAACCUCAUGAAAAGAAAUGUAUAAACACACAAGAAAGCUCUAGUUCAAAAUCAUCACAAACAAAUUUGGAUUUGGAGCGAAUACUGCGUCGUAAGUCUAGCUCGAAAAGUGUUGCAUCAUCAAUUUCUGACAAUGUUCCUUCUUUAAAAGAAGAUAUAUCACCAAAAAAACAAACAAAUAAAAUUAUACAUGAAGCUAUCAGAUGGACUCAAACUGAGAUAAGUAUUGAUCCUAAAAUCGCUGAUCCAUCUUUCUCUGAUAUUGUUAUAAUUGAUAACAAAGAUUGUGCAAAAUUAAUAAGCAAACAAUGUAGAGAAAUAUCACCCUUGACUUCAGAGAAUAGUAUGAAAACUUAUAACGAAGAAAUGAAUACUGCAUCACAUAGUAAAGAUAAAAGUAUAGAUAAAGUCACGAGAAAAUCUCCAAGAACAAUUUCGGAAAAUAAAUCUUUAGCUGUUUUGAGACUAGAUAAAGAAAUUCAAUCAGAUGUAGACCUCAGUACUUUCAACAAUGUUGGAAGUCAAGUAAAUAUGCCAAAGCUUAAAAAUUUUACAAUCCCAAUUCAGGGAACAAAUAUGACAUUAAAAGUAAGUUUGGGCAACUCUGAAUCAUCAUCAACUGCGGAAAUAGAUACACCUGUAUCAAACAAGUCAAAUCAGGAAUUUAUAACCCAUGAAUCAAAAGAAACUGUUACUAAUAAACCAUUAACAGUAGACAAUUCUACAUCCUUACUAGAAGAAUGUUCUAAAGGUGUACAAUCAACCAAUCUUGAUGUAUUCAAAGAACCUCUCAAGGAAACUACAGUUGUAUAUAAUUACGAAACUUGUAUGGAUACUUGUAAUAAAAAUAAUGCAGGAAAAGCUUGUCAAGUGGGUUGUAUGGUUCAAGAUAAGAAAUUUAAUACAUAUCCCAAAAGAGAACAAACUAAUCCUCAAAAACCAUUACUGCGUUCUAACACUGACACAGGAAAGAUGGAAAAGGCUUCUCAUGUAUCAUUUGAUCCAAUUGCAAAUGACAAUAGAGAAAGUCAAAACGUUUGUGACAAUCUAGAUAUUGCUGCUAAAGCUGUUUCCACUGAAACUGAAGAAAAACAAACUAGCAGUACUGAACGAUCUUCCAAAAUAAGUAAGAUUUGUUCAAGUUCUAAAGCUACUUCUGAUAGUGAUUCACAAACCACAUGCUCUAAAAGUAUUUCGAAAAGUUCAGGUGAUAGUACGAAUGAAAAUCCUUCUAAAGACCCAUUAAUUGAUCUGAUUCAAGAUAUAACUAAAAGAUACUCAAAAAGAGACAUUGAAAAGAGUAAGAGAAGAAAGUGUUUCAAAGAAUUAAUAACAGUUCUAAAUUACUUACUAGAUACAGAAGAUAGUAGAGAUAAUACUGACCAGGAAAAUAAAGUCUCACAAGCAUCAAAUUGUGAGAAUAAAAAAGUAAAUGAGGAACAAAUACCCCAAACACCACCAACAAAAACAUAUGUAGACAAAGGAAUACAGCUUUCAAAUAAAAAGACGAAAAAACCUCAUACAGAUUCCUCUGACCCAACUUCAACAGAUUUGCCUACUACUUCCACUGACUCGGCUGCUUGCCAAGUCCUAAACAAAAUAAAGAAAGAAUGCGAAAAAUACCAUCAAAAGAAAUGCAAGUCGCAUACAAGUAGGAAAUGUGAAGCAUCAAGUAGUACAUCGGUGAAUUGCGAUCAAUGUAGACGCGUCCACCAUUGCUAUUGCAAAGGAUAUAAAUGCCAUAAAAGUAAAGUAAAUGCUGAGAAAACUAAACGUAAAUGCGUAGCAUAUAACUUGAUACUACAAAGCGAUAGCUUAGUCAGCGAAGAAACGACGUGCGAUAAUAAUCCCCGCCAACUUCGCAAUAUUAUAAUUAAAGUACCAAAGCGAAAAACAGACAAUGUUCCGUUCAGAGAAAUGACUGCGAAAUUCGAAAGGGAAUUCCAAAGCAAUAUUCCGCAAAGUGCAAGAGUACAUAGAUCGAAGAGCCUUCCGAAUGAUAGUGAGAUAUCUAGUACUGAUGAGAUGUUAAGAAAAGCCCAAGCUUUAACAGUGAGGGAAUAUUUGGAAAGAAAUCGACCGGACUUUGUUGAAAGGUGCUCAAAACGUCAGAAUUGUCUUAAGAUAGUUAAUGAGAGUCGAGCAAACGAAAGGGCGGCGAAACGCGAGCUGCUGUCAAUGCAGGUGGCCCACCAACCAGAAUUAAGGGAAUUAUCUGAAUCAGAGUUACGUUUAUUCGCCAAAGUGCUUAGCAAGGAUCUUAGGACUAAGAAAUUGGCGCCGAAAUUUAUAAGUGAACGUGCUAUGAAAAAACAUUCAGAGAAAAUCUACAAAUCACUGCCAGAAGUCGUGCGAAAGAAAGAGGAGUUGAAAAAGGAGAGCAUAAAGAAAACUAAUUUAUUACUAGCGAGUAUAUUUAAAAAGAAUUUACAGAAGAAGACCCUUCAAGGUGCUGUGAAUUUAUCGAACUAUAGUACAAUUAUUAAAAUUUGACAUGAAUUUAUAAGCACUGUUUUAAUGUUAUUUGCACUAAGUAUGUGUUUUAUGAAAUUGUUUUGUUGCAGACAUGUUUUUAAAAUAAAUUUAUUUUUGUAGCUA